GCGCAGUGUUUUCAUCAUCAGUCUGCGCUUACUGUUUGGCGUGACGCACUGGCAAUGUACACACUAGUCGUUUAUUAAACUCGUUUAACAGUUUUUUACUCGCUGCCGUUAACAAUGCUGGGUAAAAAAUCUGUCAAAGACAAAAAAAGGAGGCAUGCUCAAGGAGAGUCUCGUGAAGUGGGCCGAAAACGGAGAAGCACCGACUCCAGCGCCGAGGAUGCAAAAGAGGACUUGGAGCAAGCAGAGGCGCCCGUUCAGGAAUCCAGUGACGUCGAGGAGGGCGGACUGGACCUUAGCGUACCUUUCAAACCCAUCAGUGCCUACGUGUCGGACCGACAGGAGAUGCUGGAGCAGUGCUUCCGCGUACUAGGCGAGAAUAAACUCAAGAAGAUGCUCCCGGACGAUUUGAAGGAUGUCCCAUUUGAGGAGAUCAAGAAGCUGUGCUGGGAGCAGCUGGAGCAGCUUUCUUCAAACAACCUGCUGGAAAUCCUGGAAGGGCGAGAGGUGACGGAGGCUGAUGAUGCAGAAAACAAGAACAGCAGUGCUGCUGACAGCCAAUGCUCAAGGCAGGAUAACAAUGUUGACUCCACCUCCUCCGUCAAAGAAAGCAGUGAAGUGGAUGAAGUCAAACAAGGUGGAGGUUCUGGGGAUGAGAGCGAUGUCCUGAGCAUCAAUGCAGAUGUGGAUGACAGUGACAUCGAGGGUCCCAAAGAAGACAAGCCCCAGGAGGUGGAGGAGGAGUCUGCUGCCGUUCCCCCCACGACCCCACCAGUGGAGGAGGAGAAGGAGGAGAAAAUGGAGGAGGAGGAGAAGAAGAAGAAGAAAGAGGACGAGCCUCGCUUGGAGCUCCAGCAGGACAUCGAGCGCAGCGUCAGCGAGAUCCUCGCUCUGUCCGUCGCAGCCGAGCCCCCGCCACCGCCGCCGAAACCAGCUCCACCCGUGGGCGCGGCGGCGGCAGCACAGUCCCGUUCACCGCAGCCCCAGCUGGCAGAUCUCCCAUCAGCCCUGGGGGUGACGCAACCCUCGGCCCAGCAGCUGGAGCUCCUGGAGCUGGAGAUGAGGGCCCGCGCCAUCAAAGCCCUGAUGAAGGCCAACGAAACCAAGAAACAGGCCCUGGCUCCCUGAACAGCACCAAGGUUUUCUAUCCCGUGCAGCCUGUGAUGGGUCACACAUGUUUGCAUUCAGGGACAGUUGAACCAAACGUUAGGACCUCAUUGUAAGUGUUAGGGCAGCUCCAUUAGCCUACAAACCCGCGAUGAUUCUUUGUAUAAAAAUGAGGCACUCAAGGGAGAUGCUUCGCUGUUUCGUUUCGUUUUAUACAGUGUCAAUAAAGAUCGUUGAACUGAACUGACCUGAACUAGAUUGCCCACCCGUGCGCUUGUAUGAUAGACCGAUCUGAUGACUGGGAAGGGUGAGUCGUAGAGAGGACAUUACAUGGAGUUUGUGCACAUAUAGAGCAGCGCCUAUAUUGUGUUUGACUGCUAUGUUUUGCUUAAAGUUACAAUUAUUUAGUUUGUUCUGGCCGGAAGGCUAUUGUGAGGCCAGAUGAAGUCGAUCUGAUGCUUACACACUAACCAGGACAUCGAUUAAGAAAGCUGGCCCUGGAACUUGUUUAUGCUGAAUGAUCAGCCGAUAGAAGACAUUUCAGUUCUUCAUUUCCGUUACUUUUGUCCGAUUUGUUGUUGCUAAGGGUGUAUCGGCGGAGUAAACUAGGGGACAGAGAAAAUGUCUGGACUUCACGGCAUGUGAAGGUGUGUUAAAGCGCUCCAGCUCAUAGAAUACCUAUCUCAGCACCAAUCAGUUAUAACCUCUAGUCUGGGUGCACCUCACCCUUCAGUGAUCUAUAACCUCUAGUCUAGGUGCACCUCAUCCUACAGUGACCUAUAACUUCUAGUCCGGGUGCACCUUAUCCUACAGUGACCUAUGACCUCUAGUCUGGGUGCACCCUCAUCCUUCAGUGACCCCCCACGGUUGGAGGGUAGUGCUGGGCCAGGGUUGGUGGAGGGUAGUGUACUGUUGACCUCUGCUCAUGUUAUUUUUUGCUUUAGUUAGUCUUGGAUUGAUCCGGUAGAUCAAGGAUCGGCUUUAUUAGAUGUUAGUGGCCAGUUUAAGAGAUCGGCCAAGGGCAACAGGUGAAAGGCCACACAUUCCUCAGACUGAGAGGGGGGGGGGGGGGGGCACUGACCCCUUGGCUUAGAACGGGCCAAAGAAUCUAAGUAGAUAUAUGUAGCCAUCAUUGGUCUAAACAUGUCGUCUUAAAUGAAUGCAGCUAAAUAUAGACCAGUCUAAAUUUUUUAUUUUUUAUUAUCGAACAGUAAUUUGUUGUUGGGGUACCACUGAUGGCCGUCAAGAAAGGCUGGACUGUUCAGAGACAGGCAUGAAAACAUUUGUUCGUAGAGAGGAACAGCAAGUUACUGACCUCCAAAUGUACUUUUGUUGUUGUAAUGAUUUAAUGAUUGAGCCUUAAAGUUUUUGAGUUUCCACCACAGAGAUGUAAUCUGUCUUUUCUGUAUUUUCCCAUAAAAAUAUUGUGAAGAAUUCA